AUGGCACCUGCGAUAUGCGCUAUUUCCCAACCCUCAGGGUUGGCUGCGAAAGGCAGCCACACCACCUUGAAAGAAGACCAAUAUGGACAUUAUUUUCCACUUAGUCCAGAUGCUUUGAAGCUGGAAUCCAAUUUCGGACCAAUGGUUUCCGAACAAAUUGGAUAUUUGCAGCCAACAACCGUGGACACGCCGAUCGAAGUCAUGCAAGAAAGAUUCCUCCGUGAUGGCUAUCUCUUCGUCAAGGGAUUGCUUCCGAGGAACGAAGUUCUCGAAUGCAGAGAGGCAUAUUUCCAGCAUAUGGCUCCUUCCGCCCUCCUCUACCCUGGAACAAAGCCAGUCGACGGGAUCUACUGCGGUGCUGAUAGCCGCAAAUACCUUCCACCCGGUAAUCUUCGCCGUUUGUUUGGCCUUCAAGGAGACGCGGAGUCAGACAAGUACGUCGAACUGAUGAUCAGCGCUCAUGAAUCAGAUUUCUAUCUGAAACUCUGCAACAUUCCAGAGCUGCGUGAAUUUGUACGCAAAUUCACCGGUUGGCCCAAGGAAACAAUGUUACAGCGGACUAUGUUGCGUGCCUUCACGCCAGAUAGCGAGCUGACUCCCGUCCACUUUGAUCAAAUGUAUCUUCGAGCCGGACCACCAACUAGUCUGACAGCUUGGGUUCCCAUUGGUGACAUCUCACUCGAAGGUGGCGGUCUCAUGUAUCUCGAUAGGUCUUCUGAUAUCGGACAGAGAACCGAAGAGCAGUUCGCACGCAAUGCCUCAAACUUGACAGAUGAGGAGCGGGUUUCUGCUUUCAAUAAGAACAUGAACGAUGGUGGAUUUCUCAGCCGUGAUACAGUCAAAUACGGGAAGGAAUCUCAGCGGAAGUGGCUGAUCACCGAGUACGAGGCAGGAGAUGUCAUCUUUCAUAACCCAUUUAUGGUCCAUGCCAGUUGCAAGAAUAUGGAUCCGGAUAAUAGAAUCAGGCUUGCUACUGAUCUGCGGUUUGUUGACUCGGACAAGCCAUAUGAUAAGGCUGGCGCCUUUGCUGGCGCUCUUAUCGCCAUGUGGCUCGCGAACCGCAUCGGCCGAAGAUGGUCCCUCAUCUUCUCUUCCGUAGUCGUCAUUAUUGGUGUUGCUCUUCAAGCUGGCGCCUCUGGCUAUAUUGAGGCUUUGCUUGUUGCUGGUAUCUCUAUUGGGAUUGCAAGUACUGUGUGCCCACUUUAUAUCUCAGAAAACGCACCAAGGGGCAUUCGUGGUCUGCUCACUGGGCUAUAUCAACUCACCCUUGUUUCCGGUCUAACAAUUGCAUUCUGGGUUAACUACGCCAGUGAACGACGAUUGACUGGGAAAAAGCAGUUCAUCAUCCCUCUAGCUUUGCAGGCUGUACCAGGAGUCAUAUUGUUUGUUGGAAUGUUACUGGCAGAUGAGUCCCCUCGAUAUCUCGCCCAACAGGAUCCUGCUGCUGCCCUGCAGGUCUUGGCCAAACUUCGUGGCUUGCCGGUUACACACGAGUAUGUUGUGGAGGAGAUGGCCAACAUAACGUUCCAGCUCGAGGAGGAGAGAGAGAUUUUUGCGACCUCUUCACGCUUCACAAUCCUGAAAGAAGCAUUUUGCAUCAAGUCCUAUCGUCGACGGUCUAUUCUGUGUAUUACUUUGAUGAUGUGGAGUAACCUUACAGGUACUAAUUCUAUGACAUACUAUUCGCCAAGUAUCUUCGCAAGCAUUGGCCUGUCAGGGGCGUCCGUUGGGCUGUUUGCAACUGGGAUCUACGGCAUUGUGAAGGUCAUUUGCUGCACUGUGUUUAUCAUAUUCGUUGUUGAUUCCUUGGGCCGACGGCGGUCUUUGCUGUGGACUGGAAUUGCGCAGGGAACUACCCUGUUUUAUGUCGGUUUCUAUAUUCGAUUUAAUCCUCCGACUGAGGGUCAGUCCCUCACGGCAUCGGCAUACAUUGCACUAGUUGCAAUCUAUAUUUUUGCAGGCGUUUACCAAUUUGGCUGGGGCCCUGUUGUCUGGUCCUAUUGCGCGGAGAUUCCUUCGGCUCGUCUUCGACCGCUCAAUAUGGGUAUGGCAACAGCAUCCCAGUGGCUGUUCAAUUUUGUUGUAGCCAAAGCUACACCAAGCAUGCUAGCAACCCUUGGCUCGAAUGGGUAUGGUACAUUCUUUGUUUAUGGGUGCUUCUGCUUUACCAUGGUUAUCUACACAUGGUUCUUCGUGCCUGAGACUAAAGGUCUGUCGCUUGAAUUCAUGGAUGAGCUUUUCGAAAGGGAUACGGUCCGUGGCAAAUUCAUACCGAGUCGGGUAUUUCAUGCCACCGAUAUGGUGUCUAAAGGCCUUGACGAUAAAGCCAAACGGUCUGUGGACCAUAUCGAGACCGUCGCACCAUAUCGUUGA